AUGUGGAAAAAGAGAGAGAGGCUUAGAAUGGAGACAAUGACAUCUAGAGAGAUCACAAAGCGAUAAAAGGGGAAGAGAGUGAGAUUUAAAGACAGAGGUGCUCCCCAUGAACCGGUCGAGCCUAGUAGCUUGAAGGUGGAUGUUGAAUUAUGUUGA